CCUCGAGUCUCAACGAUCGCCACAACAUUACUCCAAAGUUCUAACAAAUAAAUAAGUAGUUUGUCUCAUUCCUCCAAAAGCUUUUCCAACACUCCCAAGGACAAACAAUACAAUACCCUGACCUAGACAAGUAACUCUAGUCCCCCAGGUUUAACUUUAAAAUGUCAUCAAAUUCUCUGAACUACCCCCUUCUCGCCAUUCCGGCGUACUACGUAUUUUCGCUUGUCCCGCACGUAUACACGGGCGUGCUCCUCCGAUCCAAUGGCUACAGAGUCAACAAUGCAAACCCCAAGGCAUCUUUAUCCCCAUCUGCAGUGCAGGGCAAGGUGCCAGAUGCCGUUUUCCAGAAAUACCAACGCGCCGAGAAUGCACACUCCAACAACAUGGAGCAACUGCCUCUUUUCGCUUCUGCUGUGCUAGCGAGCAUCAUCGCAGAGAGGGCCACUUUGAAAGGCUUUGGGGAGAGUGUAAGGGGCGAGGAUCCCACGGGCGUAUUGGCGUUUAUUGGAACAUGGUUUAUUGUACGCGCUUUGUACAAUGUGGCAUAUAUUCAAAUCGCGGAUCGCAGCAAGAGCUUCCUCAGAAGUGCACUGUGGGCUGUUGGCAGUGGGCUGGCAGGAUAUCAGAUCUACAAGGCAGCGCAGAUCUUAGGCUAGGUCAUUCUUCAGGAUUUGUUCACGAAAUUGUACAUUAUACUUGUCGGAGGGACAGAGGAGCGGCAGAGAUAGCGCUUCUGAUUACCUGGUCACAAGCGUGGGAGAAUACAUGGGAUAAUCAUAACUAUGCAUCUAGUACUGCUCGACUUAUGAGCUUCGCGAACAUCUUUAGCAACUACAUGUCCGUUCAGUUGUAGACAUAGUUCGUGGGGAAUGGUAGUACUUCUGAAGUGUGCUCUCGCAU